UGUCAACUGAUUGUUAACAGGGAGAAAGGAAUUGUUCAUACUCCUAUCACAAUGAAUAUAAUGGAUACUACAGGGGUUACUAGUGGCAUCAGUGAGUGUGUCAAUCUUUUUCAGUGGGCUAGAUCUGCUAUUUCAUCCAAAUGGAGAGGCACCCAGGAGCAAAGGUUUCAAAAUGAAUUAUUUCACUGGCAGAGUGGCUUACAACGCCUCGGUGAUACUCUUCCUGCAAUGUAUAGCCUCAUUAAUCAAGCUGAGUGGAAAAGCCAUAAAGAUGGUGUGGCCAAGCUCCUUCCAAAACUCCAGGAUGCGGUAUACGAUGUUGAAGACCUUUUUGAUGAUCUCAGAUGGUACAACCAUAAGGUUAUAAUCGAGGGCAAUACAAGCCAAUCAUCUUUUAUUGACUUCUUUAAUAGUUCCAUUCGAGAUAGCUUCAUCAUAAUGAAUGAUAUCCACGGAAGAUUGAAUAAUAUUUCCACUCUCCUAGGGAGUAUGGGGUUGGGUGAAGUGACACCACGGUUUGACAAAAUAGUUAGGCCAGAGACUAGCUCUUUCCCCGAUGAAACAAAAAUAUUUGGUCGUGACAUGGAACUAGAGAAGAUAUUGGGAUUGAUUGGUGCGCCUACACAUAAUAGCACUCACUCAAAGCGCAAGAGGGAAACUGGUGCAGGUGAUGCAUCGAGAAGGAUAUUAGUGAGGAACAAACUUAGUAAUGAAUCAAGAUUACCAGAUCUUCCAGUUUUGCCAAUAGUUGGAAUUGGGGGUGUUGGAAAGACCACUUUGGCUCAGCAUAUCAGUAGUCAUCCACGAGUGAAGUCUCACUUCGACACAAUAAUUUGGAUUUGUGUCUCGGGUGAUUUCGAUGUGAAGAGGUUAACAAAAGAGGCUAUAGAAUCAUAUCCUGGUAAGGAGUCAACGAUUGACAAUCUAAAUUCUCUUCAACAUGCUCUUGCUAACAAAUUGAAGAAUAAAAAGUUCUUGAUUGUCCUCGAUGAUAUGUGGGAUGAUGCUCUGAAGGAAAAUGGCCAGUGCUGGAAGAGGUUUUGUGCACCUUUGAAAAAUGUGCUACUAGGAAGUAUGAUGUUGGUCACCACUAGGUCUCCAAUGGUGGCUAAUUUAGUGCGGUCUAUGGAGCCAAUUAUAUUGGAGGGUUUAAAAGAUGAUGUCUUUUGGGAUUUCUUUAAACUAUGUGUGUUUGGGUCGAAGAGUUCUAAUGAUUUUCCAGAGUUAGAGCUCAUUGGUAAAGACAUACUUCCUAAGUUGAAGGGCUCUCCUUUAGCCGCUAAAACUCUUGGACACAUGUUACAGGAUGACCUUCGUACAUCACAUUGGAAUAGUAUACUAGAGAAUGAAUUGUGGGAGUUAGACCAACGGACGACUGAAAUUUUGCCAGCCCUUCGGUUGAGCUACAUAUAUUUACCAUUUCACUUGAAGAGAUGCUUCUCAUUUUGUGCUGUGUACCCCAAAGAUACGAAGUUUGAAAAGGAUUGUUUAGCCGAAAUCUGGGCGGCAGAAGGCUUUGUGAAACGUCAAGGUGGUAUUCCAAUUCAAGAUAUUGGCUGUCAAUACUUUAAUGACCUUUUAAAUCGGUCCUUCUUUCAAGAAAUUCAAGGUAAAUACUUAAUCCAUGACUUGUUGCAUGAUAUGGCACAGAAAGUUUCAGAGGAUGAUUGUUUCAUCGUGAAAAGAAAGGAUGACUUUAAAAGAAUUCCUCAAAAUGUUCGGCAUUUGUCAGUCCUCUCCAGCACAGACAUUGCCUAUUCCAACUUGUUGAGGCUAGGCCAGUACAAAAAGCUCCGUACCCUUCUUUGCUACAAGUCUUUAGCGAAUAAAAAAACCCCAGCUAGUUUGAUGGAAGAUUGGUGCAGCAAACUUACGCGUAUGCGUGUGAUUGUUUGUGCCUCUAUGAAUGAGUUGCCAGCUAGCAUUGGCAAAUUGAAGCAUCUUCAGUACCUUGAGAUAUCCAGAGCUUGUUCUAUCACCGGUCUUCCUGCAACGAUUUGUCAGCUCCAUAAUUUACAGGUUUUAUGUUUCAAGAGAUGCAAGCUAGAAAGCUUGCCUAGUGACUUCAGUAUGUUGGUCAACUUAUGGAGAUUUGAAUCGCAGGGAUUUAAAUAUGGUCCAAAUAUUGGAAGAUCCCAAAAAGAAGAACCAUAUUAUGGAGUAAAUCUUGAUGCAGACAAUGAUGAGCGGGGACUAGGAUGUAGGCUCAUAAAGAAUAUGAAGCAACUUCGUGGACAUUUGGAGAUAAGUAAUAUUGACAGGCUAAACAAGGAUCAUUCAGAAGAAGCCGAACUAAAGAAUAAGGAAUAUCUUGACAAGCUGACACUUCAAUGGUGUUUCUCGGAGUGCAAAAUGCUUCAUCUAAAAUAUUUCAUUGACACUUCUAUCAGAGCAGAAUGGGAGAUGGAAGUCCUUCCAGAUCUACAACCUCCUACCGGUAUCAAGUCUCUAGUCCUCGACUUUUACCCAGGUCUUUCUCCUCCGAGGUGGUUUCAGCCACAAAACCUGCCAAGCUUAACAUCCGUUUCAUUUCUUCAUUGUGGUGGACUCGAGAUAGCUGCAGAGCUAGUUGACAUCAAUAAUGCCAGCAUUGGUUUUUCCUUCCUGACAGAUCUAAUCAUUAAUGGGUGCCCCCGUUUAUCAAGUCUCGAAGAACUUCUACAUCCAGCUUAUCUACCAGUCAUCAAGAAAAUUGCAAUAAUGCACUGCCGGAACCUAAUAUCAGUACCGACCGAAAGAUUUGGGGAUUUUCGUUGCCUUGAAAUAUUCAGGGUGCUGGAUUGUGGAAAAAUAAACUCCCAAAGUUUGACUGCACCCUCUCUCAAGAAGCUCGUGCUUGGCAAGAAUACAUUCGGCUGGGAUGAAAGUCAUGGGAAUCUCACAGACAAUAUCCAAUGCAGCUCUCUCACCUACUUUUUCUUGUCAUCCAGCCAUCUCACGUCCAUCCAACUUCAAAUGUGGAAUCUUCCAGCUCUACAAGAAUUGAGUAUUUCAUAUUGUCGAUCUCUUACAUCUAUUGGGCAACCUGGGCAGGUCUUCACCAGGGGAAAUGGCAGCGCUAGAGUAUUAUCAUCCCUUACUUCCCUAACCAUCCGCUGGUGCGAAGAACUGUCAACCAUUGAUGGUCUCCUAGAAGAAAAAUAUCUACCUUCCAUUGAGAGUAUUACAAUUGCCAAUUGUGGCAGCUUGUCAAUUCAGGGUAAAAAGUUUGGGGUUUUUUCUUCUCUGAAGGACUUGAAAGUUUCUGGGUGCCCUAGAAUCAAAUGGGGAGGAAUAGUUUUACCAUCGUCCCUCCAAAGUCUCCACUUAAGUGGAUGUGAGGAUGUCUCUUCAUUUAUUCCCAGCUGCCUAGAAAACCUUCAAUCCCUUGUUUCACUAAAGAUAUCAGAGUGUCCUCAUUUAAGAUCCAUUCCAGGCCAUCUUUGGAGCAGUACUCUCUCAUCACUCCAGGAAUUAGAGAUUAUGUUUUGUCCAGACCUUGUGUCUAUUGGUGGAGCAGAAGACAUUUCAGAAUUAAAAAAUGUGCUCAUUGGUUCCUGUAAAAAAUUGAAGGGAAUAGAGCAGUCUGUGAGAAGAGGCAGCUUCUUGGCAUCCAAGAAGCAAGAGCAGCGUGUGAAAACAAGUUCAAAUUCCGUCUGGUGCAUGCCCACGAGGGAUUGGGGAUGGCGCUAG